UUUGGGGAGACUGUAUGGGGUGACAUUUUCAGGGGGCUUUAGUGGUUAUUUAAUUCUCAAUUAAAACUGCAGAAAGUGUUUGUUCUUUCAGUCUCAAACUUCUCACAGCUGGACUUCGUGAUCCUUGCUUGUUCAUUUAGGCUUGAGCAGUUUUCUUAAAGGGGAUCGGACACAGGCAUCAUCCUCGGUUUUGUGCCACUCCCAAAGGAUUAAACUGUUGGAAUAUGGAGCAAUACCACUAAGCACAAGAGCGGGAGUCCUAAGCGUGUGUGGCCGACUGGGUCGCCCCGUGUCCAGCUUUGCGUAUACAGGAGGUCCCGCUAUUAUGGGAUGCGGACUACGGAAACUGGAGGAACCGGAGGACAGCAGCCCGGGGAAAAUCUACUCCACUUUAAAAAGACCACAGGUCGAAACCAAAACAGACUCCGUGUACGAGUAUGUGCUUCUGGACUUCAGUUUGGAAGGCAGUCGGCCUACAGUGCUGUAUCUGUCCUCGCUGUGUGAGCUUCCUCAUGCCCUGAAGUCCUACUACACACAGGGCUACGUAUUGGCUGCCCUGCAUCCCAUCAUUCUUUCUGUGGGCCGGACCCGCUCCCUGCCCUGCAGCCUACUCUACCGGGCUAUCCUGGUCCGCCCACGAUCCAGUAAGCAUGCAAUGCCACUGAUUGACAGUGUGCCAGUGUUAAGCGUGGAAGAGUGGCCACUGCCAGGAGAAUCUCUGACCAGUGACACAGUGAGACUGUUCAUAGACCGGGUAAACAGCUAUGUCAGGGGUGGUGUGAGGUUUGUGGGGUCACUGCUCCAGCAGGCUGGAGGAGGGGGCUGUAAUGGUAGAGUGCCCAGUCCCAGAAGAGGCUGCCGUUCCCCACCCCGCACACCACCUCGCACGCCACCUGAGGGAGAUCUAGAGGGCUGUGGGUACAGCCCAGACCUGACACUGUUGGUGCUGUUUCACUCCUGGGCUCCGGGCUAUGCACCACUAGAUGCUCUUGCCUGCUGUUACCACCAGGGGGCAGUAUCUUUGAGGGUCUCCAGGAAGGGCCAGGUUGUAAGUGCCCUGGAAGCUGAUUGGCUGGAAUUGACUGCGGCGUACUACCGCAAGGGCUGGUCAUUGGUCGACUCCUUCAUAUACUGGGACUCACCAAAAGGUGAACCAGUGCCCAGGUCUCUAGAGGGACUGUUUGUAUAUGAGGAGAAAAGCACAGCUCCACCUGCCAAUGACACUAUUGUAGUGGAACAGUGGACAGUUAUAGAGGGUUCAGAUGUCAAGACCGACUAUGGUCCUCUACUCCACACAUUAGCAGAGUUUGGCUGGCUGCUUACCUGUGUGCUGCCCACCCCCAUUAUUCGCCAUGACAGUGAACGGAAUCUCGCCACCAAGCAAGUGGUAUUCCUGCAAAGACCUGUCAAAGGCCAAUCAGUACAACACCACAACCAGGGAUCUACGCGACGAGAGGUGUCCAGUCACUCUGUUAGUCGAGGCAUGGUGGAACCACACAAAGAGUUGUCGUCUCCAUGUUCAGGGAGUAUUGGCGGUUUCCCCGUGUUUGGAGGGGGGUAUCCCAGUGUGCUCACUCAUUUAGAGGAGGGAGGAUUUGAGCCUGAAGAUGGCGCUGCAGAGGUAACCUGUAUGUGAUGGGCCAAUUCAAAGACUUCUAGAAUCUUCACCCUAAUAUGGAGAGCCUUUGAUUGGUUAAGACCUGCAGAAGUGCCCUACCACAUCUCCUGGGGAGAAAAAAUGUGUAUCCCUGUAUUAGAGUCGGACUUCAAAGCACUUUUAAUUUCUUGCAAGUGAUUUUGUAUUUUUUUUUCAAAGCCAUAAUGUAUUGUAAAGAUCAGUUUUAUUAGACUCUUUUAUUCCUUUUUAUUUGAAAGCCCAAUGUGCACAAUCCUCCUGUUUAGACAUAUAGUACCACAAAACGUCACUGAAAUUCACACUUAUUUACCACAAAUACCACAGCAGUAUUUCACAGCACUAGCACAAACACAGCACUAGCACAGUUCCAGUUCAUGUCACUUUUGUCACAAUAUCACCAAGACAUUGAUAUGGAAAAUCCUCUUUUCAUUUUGUUUUUCUCUUCAUUUUCCUGUUUUGUUCCACAAUUUUUUUCAUUUUACACGUCACUUGUUCGUUCUAACAUCUUCAAUGGUUCAGGGUGGAAAACACAGCAACUGAGUGUCCAAAGAGCACCUCUAUAGGAUGUGGAAGUUUAUUUGGUUUUCAGAUUUGGGACAUACUUACAUUUGUGCUGAAAUUCACCAGGCCUUGGAGUCAUGGCAACAGGAAUUUAUGUGAAGAAACAGCAUUUAUGUGAAGAAAGUCAGGCACUGUGGAAAUGUACACGCACUGUAAUUCUACAGUGCUACAGCCUAGUCGGCUUACACUUCGCUGGAGUGGACCCGAUGUACUAAGCCAAUACUAAACAGAACUAAAACUACGUAAAUGUGGUCAUUUUGUGUGUCGGAUCAGUGCCAGGAGAUCAAAUGGUGCUAGAGUUGAAUUUCCAAGUUAUUCUGCUGAGGAAUUUCUUUGAAAUUGUCACUUGUGCAUUUUUAUUUUGUGUUAUUCAAAAGGGAAAGGCAGAUUUGCAUCUUAAGUAAAAAUGUUAUUGCAUUACUAAAUAACAGCUAUGGGGACUACAAGCAGGGUACUUUUUUGUUUAGGUAACAGUAUAAUCUUAUUGUAUUUCUCAACUUGGUCAAAUUUACGAUUGACCAGGUGUGAUUUUUUUAAAUUUAACUGCAAAAUGACUGUGCAGCUUGUGGCACUGUAUUCAUUAUAUAGUACAAUUUUAACUGAGUAAAGCGUUAACCUGGUGUAGUACUUACUUUCCAGAGACUGUUUAUGUUGCCUUUACAAUGUUUCAACCUCUUUGAGGAAUGGCAGAUCACGAUAUGCACAUAUUUUGUUUAGCUUGCAAAUCAGAUAUCACACUGCUGUAAAUGUUCUAAAUAAGCCAUGGAGAACAGAAUGAGAUUGUUGCCUCACUCCAGAAGCUGAGCUCAGAUGUUUUAUAUUAUACUCUAAUAUGCCAGAACUGUUCAGUAUUAUUUACCAGUUGUAGUAUUGGAAGAUUUAUACAUAGUUCUACAUUGUUUUUUGUAAUAUUUUAUUAAAUGUGGUUUUUAC